UUGGCAUGAACCACAGAAGCCCGCCCUACCCUGCUGGGGAUCAUUGCCUCCUGUGCAGAAGUGAGCGGAAAGAUCCAGUGUUCUCAGAGAGUGGCCUCAAAAAUACUAGCAAGCUGGCCCUGUCCAUGGCCCCCAAGGGCAACAACGUGCUGCAUCUGCCUCUGUGGGUGUGCCCCGACUGCCGGCGCACUGUGGAGAAAGAGGACAGGCCCAGCCUGGAACAGCCCUCGUCCCCACCGGGCCAGGACUUUCUUCACUCUCCUCUGGGCGGGUCGCAGCCUGAGGCUGGCAACGGGAGACUGGCACUGGGCAGUCAGACGAUACCCACGGCAGGCCUGGGCACCUCCACAGACUCAGCAUGUGCUUGCGAGGCCUGCAGUGAACGAAGAGAGAUUUCGGUGGAGCCAGAGCGGGAGCCUCAGCAGCUGCAAAAGUGCUGGUCUGAAGUGCGGUACAUGGUCCGCUGUGUCUAUCGUCGGGCGGGGACCCCAUUGGCAGAUGACCAAGACCAGUCUCUGGUGCCAGACAAAGAGGGGCUGAAGGAGCUUGUGGACAGGCUCUGUGAGCGGGACCCCUACCAGUUGUACCAGCGCUUGGAGCAACAAGCCCGAGAGUAUGUGCUGGAGAUGAAGGUUCGUCUCCUCCGGCAGCUGGCAGCUGCGUCCAAGGUGAAGGCGCCAUCAGGGCUGCAGGGCCCGUCGCAGGCACACCAGUUCCUCUCCCUCCUCCUGGAGGAAUAUGGUGCAUUGUGCCAGGCGGCACGCACCAUCAGCACCUUUCUUGGCACACUGGAAAAUGAACACUUGAAGAAGUUCCAGGUGACGUGGGAACUGCAUAAUAAGCAUCUGUUUGAAAAUCUAGUCUUUUCGGAGCCACUUCUUCAGAGUAACUUGCCGGCACUAGUGUCACAGAUCAGGCUGGGCACUACGACGCAUGAUAGUGGCAGCGAGGAUGCCUAUAGCAGCUUGCUGCAGCGCUAUCAGAGCUCUGAGGAGGAGCUGCGCAGGGUCGCUGCUGAGUGGCUGCAGUGCCAGGAGAGGAUCGAUGCCUACGUAGAUGAGCAGAUGACGAUGAAGACUAAGCAGCGGGUGCUAACAGAAGACUGGGAGCUUCUCAAGCAAAGGCGCUUCAUCGAGGAGCAGUUGAUUACCAAAAAGGCGGUGGCUGGGGAGAAGAGCUUCACGGACGCCAUGCGGCACAUGCUCUCAUCUCGGCUGAACAUGCCCGACUGCCCCAACUGCAACUACAGGCGGAGGUGUGCUUGUGAUGACUGCAGCCUGUCCCACAUCCUCACCUGUGGGAUCAUGGACCCACCGCCCACCGGUGACAUCCACAUCCAUCAGCUCCCGCUUCAAGUGGACUCUGCUCCUGACUGUCUGUCGGAGCUACGCCCACCAAGCGUGUCCUCAGCAAGCUCAGGGUCAGGCUCCAGUUCCCCCAUUACCAUGCAGCAGCAUCCCAGGCUCAUCCUCACAGACAAUGGCUCAGCGCCCACUUUUUGUAGUGAUGAUGAAGAUGUCGCACCACUGUCAGCGAAAUUUGCUGACAUUUAUCCGUUGAGUAACUACAAUGACGCCGAGGUGGUGGCCAACAUGAAUGGGAACCACAGCGAAUUGAAUGGUGGUGGGGAAAACCUGGCUCUGAAGGAGGAGUCCCCUCAGGUAAGCAGUACCAGCUGUAGUUCUUCUGAGGCUGGUGAUGAAGAAGUGGAUGGUGAGAAUAGUGGGGAGCCACCAGGAGCCCCAAAGGAAGACAUCGCUCUAGGGAACGGGGUCCCCAGGAAAGAGGAGAAUCAGCUGGAGAGCCCUCCGCCAGCCUACCCAACUCAGCAGGCUGAACAGGCUGCCAACACGUGUGAGUGUCAUGUCUGUAAGCAGGAAGCUUCGGGGCUGACCGCGGUGGCGAUGACAGCUGCUGCCCUCCCCCCUGGACAUCAGUUCCUGAGCCCUGAGAAACCCACACACCCUGCUCUGCACCUCUACCCCCACAUCCAUGGACAUGUACCCUUGCACGCCGUGCCACACCUACCGCGCCCCCUCCUCCACCCUACUCUGUAUGCAGCGCCCCCCUUCACACACAGUAAGGCUUUACCGCCAGCACCUGUUCAGAAUCACACAAAUAAGCAUCAGGUAUUCAAUGCAUCUCUUCAAGACCAUAUUUAUCCAAGCUGUUUUGGGAAUACUCCAGAGUGGAAUAGUUCUAAAUUUAUAAGUCUUUGGGGAUCAGAAGUGAUGAAUGAUAAGAACUGGAACUCUGGCACUUUCCUGCCAGAUACAAUUUCUGGCAGUGAAAUCCUCGGGCCUGCACUCUCCGAAGCUAGACCAGAAGCCCUGCCCCAACCAGCUCCCAUCGAAGGAACGGACAGUAAGGAGAAAAAAAGCGCCGUCAAAAAGAAAUGUCUAUACAAUUUCCAAGAUGCUUUUAUGGAAGCCAACAAAGUUGUCAUGGCCACUUCAUCAGCCACCUCCUCCGUGUCCUGCACAGCCACCACAGUGCAGUCCAGCAACAGCCAGUUCAAGGUGUCGUCCAAGAGGCCACCCUCCAUAGGGGACGUCUUCCACGGCCUGAGCAAGGACGACCACCGGCUUGCCAUGUCUGUGGCACCCAGGAGCAGCCCUACUGGUCUGUCCCCGCUUCCCACACUCUCCCCUGCCACCCUCGCUCCAGCCUCCACACCUCAUCUGGCCAGUCUCGCAGCCCCGUCCUUCCCCAAAGCUGCAACCACAGCGCCCGGGUUUGCAGAGCCCCGCAAGAGCUUCUGUCCUGCACCUGUGGCCCCCCCGACCCCCACCACAGAUGGCUCCCUCAGCGCACCGCCCAGUGUCUGCAGCGACCCCGACUGUGAAGGACACCGCUGUGAAAACGGCGUGUACGACCCCCAGCAGGAAGAGGGUGAUGAGAGUGCUGAUGAAGACAGCUGCUCUGAGCACAGCUCCAGCACCUCCACCUCCACCUAACCAGAAGGGAGGGCAAGUACUGUGGACUGCUGCUACUGCGAGUUCUUCGGGCAUGGUGGGCCUCCAGCAGCACCAACAAGUAGAAAUUACGCAGAAAUGAGGGAGAAGCUUCGGUUACGGCUGACUAAGCGUAAAGAAGAGCAGCCCAAGAAGGUGGAGCCGCUGUCAGAGCGGGAGAGCAUGGUCGACCACCGCAGAGUGGAGGACCUGCUGCAGUUCAUCAACAGCUCUGAGACCAAGCCCGUGAGCAGCUCGCGUGCUGCUAAGCGGGCACGGCACAAGCAACGGAAGCUGGAAGAGAAAGCACGUCUGGAGGCGGAGGCCAGGGCCCGGGAGCACCUGCUCCUGCAGCAGCAACGGCGGGACGAGGAAGAGGACGAUGACGAGGCGCAGCUGCAAGAGGAGCUACAGCGGUUGCAGGAGCUGCAGAAGCUGAGGGCUGUGAAAAAGAAGAAGAAGGAGAGGCCAGUCAAAGACUGUCCCAAGCUGGACUUGCUGGCCAGAGAGUUCCAGACAGCUCCCGAGCCAGUGUCAGAGCUGGACCACAUCCCUAACGGCUCCCUGGAGCAACCCGAAGAAGAGAAGACCUCAUGCCACCCCCCUUGUAGACUUACAGACCACACAGAACCCAGGCCUGGGCCUGGGGCAGAAGGGGAUGCUGUGAACACCAGAGACUCCAAACUCCUCCUACAGAAGAGGGUCAAUGGGAAGCAGCCCGAGCCACUGUCCUUUCUCCUGGACAUCAUGCAGCACCACAAGGAGGGGACCAGCAAGCAGAAGCUCAAACACCUCAGCAAGGCCGGUGGGGAGCAGGGGAGGAAGCCCCCAGAUGCCUCUAGGGCUGCCGAGGGCUCGCCCCGGCCACGCCCCCCCAUUGAACCCAAGGCCAAAGCUGACCUGCUGGUCCCUGCUGUACAGAAACGAGAAGAGAGGAAAGUCAGCAGUAUCAGCAGCCACCGGAAGCAACUGAACCACGUGAAAGAAGAAAAGGUUGCCCUGGUCCCCGUGGAGCCUGCUGCCCCUGGUGAGCCCCCACAGGACAAGCUGGCACCAGCAGACUCUCCUCAGCCCAAGAGCAAGACCAAGAAGAGCAGGAAGAAGAAGGGAGACCGAGUCAGCACUUCUAUCGACGAUGUCUUCCUGCCCAAGGAUAUCGAUCUUGAGAGUGUGGAUAUGGAUGAGACAGAGAGGGAAGUGGAGUAUUUCAAAAGGUUCUGCUUGGAUUCCGCCAGACAGACCCGACAAAGACUGUCUAUCAACUGGUCCAAUUUUAGUUUGAAAAAGGCCACGUUUGCUGCCCACUGAGUGCGGACCGCAGGAGAGAGACUAAGGACAGCGGGCCGGGCCAUAAGCACGUGCUGGCCCGGGGCUGUGCAGCCGGCUGGCCCAAGCCCCGGCUGCUGGUCCUGCGCUAUUAGCUCAUGUGCGUGUAGUCUAUGAGUGAGAUUUUUCCAGUGUCACUCUGCUAUCAGCCUGGAGCGAUUCUACCUGCCCUUUCUUAUACCACGCAACCAGAGCGAGUGUGCGUCAUCCACGUGGCUGUCACUCCGCAUCUCACCCUGUCCCUUCAUCUGUCCCUGCCAGGGUGUUGCUCGCUGUCUCAGCUCUCGUGUGCCCCGCGUCCCACUGAGGCGGGCUGGGCAGGGCAGGCACACUUCCGUUCUCCUCCACAAUCUACUGUUCAGAGUGUCCACGUUGCGCUGUUUGUGUCUGAUCCCCCCGACUUGUAGCCAGCUUGUGUAAGACCCCUGCAGAAAGAGGAAGUUGAAAAACAAGCCCCCAGUACUCACCACCGAGUCUGUCAGAGUGUACGACUAUUAACACGGAGGCCUGCCUGGCUACCUUUUUAACAUAUUGUUAAGUAAUAUUAAAAUCAUGUCUUUCUUUUUGAAAGAUGGAAUACAUUAGUACAGCAGAAGA